AAGGGAGGGGCAUUUAACGGUGGCGGCUGGUUCUGCGCCGGAUUCGGGAGAGGGGCGGGCGCCAUUGUGCUUCUCUUCCUACUUUUCUGCCUCGGUUAGAGGCCUAGAACUCCAGCAGGAAGGCGGUGGUUUGAUCGCUGGGAGCGGGACGCGCCCUGUUCAGUACCAGCUCGGGAGCGAGGGAAACCUUAAGAAUGGAGUCUAAACAUUCAAGGAUUCCAAGAAGAAUUUCUGUUCAACCCUCUGACUCUUUAAGUGCUAGGAUGAUGUCUGGAAGCAGAGGAAGUAGUUUAAAUGAUACCUAUCACUCAAGGGACUCUUCGUUUAGACUGGAUUCUGAAUAUCAGUCUACAUCAGCAUCAGCGUCUGCAUCGCCAUUUCAAUCUGCAUGGUACAGUGAGUCUGAGCUAACUCAGGGAGCACGCUCAAGAUUGCAAAACCAGCAACGGGAUCACGACUCAAAAAGACCUAAACUUUCCUAUACAAACUGUACAUCUACCUCAGCUGGGAGAAGUGUUGGACAUGGUUUAAAUGCAGUAUCGGAUUCUUCUUGGAGGCGUAGUCAAGUUCCCAGAUCUUCAUCAGUGGUACUUGGAUCAUUUGGAACUGACUUAAUGAGAGAGAGGAGAGAUUCAGAGAGGAGAGCAGAUUCCUCCAUUAGUAAUCUUAUGGAUUAUAGUCACCGAAGUGGUGAUUUCACAACCUCAUCAUAUGUUCAAGACAGAGUUCCUUCUUCAUAUUCACAGGGAGCAAGACCUAAAGAGAACUCAUUGAGCACUUUACAGUUGAAUACAUCAUCUACAAACCACCAAAUGCCUUCUGAACAUCAUACCAUACCAUGUUCUAGGGACUCUGGUAGAAAUUCUUUAAGAUCCAAUUUUUCUCCAAGGGAAUUAGAAUCUCCUCAAGGCAGUAUACAGCCUGGAUUUUCUUAUAUUUCAAAUAGAGAUGAAACCUCAGCUAUAGGCAGUUCAGAUAGGUUUGGUUCAUCUCAAAGAUCAUUUCAAGAAUCUUCUGACAAUGAAGGUAGACGUACAACAAGAAGAUUGCUGUCACGUAUAGCUUCUAGUAUGUCAUCUACUUUUUUUUCACGAAGAUCUAGUCAGGAUUCCUUGAAUACAAGAUCACUGAGUUCUGAAAAUUCUUAUGUUUCUCCAAGAAUCUUUACAGCUUCACAGUCUCGUAGUAAUGCAGCAUCUGCUUCUGAUGCUCCUGAUAAUAGGGCAUCUGAAGCUUCUCAGGGAUUUCGAUUUCUUCGGCGAAGAUGGGGUUUGUCAUCUCUUAGCCAAAAUCAUAGCUCUGAGCCAGAUUCCCAGAAUUUUAACCAAGAAUCUGAAGGUAGAAAUACAGGACCAUGGUUAUCUUCUUCACUUAGAAAUAGAUGCACACCCUUGUUCUCUAGAAGGAGACGAGAGGGACGAGAUGAAUCUUCAAGGAUAUCUACCUCUGAUACACCAUCUAGGUCUCAUAUUUUUAGAAGAGAAUCAAAUGAAAUGGUUCACCUUGAAGCACAGAGUGAUCCCCUUGGGGCUACUGCCAGCAGACCACAAGCAUCUGCAGCACCGAGCAGUGCUGCUACAGGUGGCUCCACUUCAGAUUCGGCUCACAGUGGACGAAAUACAGGAAUAACAGGGAUACUUCCUGGUUCCUUAUUCCGAUUUGCAGUCCCCCCAGCACUUGGAAACAGUUUGACCGACAAUGUCAUGAUCACUGUAGAUAUUAUUCCUUCAGGUUGGAGUUCAUCUGAUGGAAAAAGUGAUAAAUCUAAAAGUACACCUUCAAGAGACCCAGAAAGACUGCAAAAAAUAAAAGAGAGCCUUCUUUUAGAGGACUCUGAAGAAGAAGAUGGUGACUUAUGUAGAAUUUGUCAGAUGGCAGCUGCAUCAUCCUCUAACUUGCUAAUAGAACCAUGCAAGUGCACAGGAAGUUUGCAGUAUGUCCACCAAGAGUGUAUGAAAAAGUGGUUGCAGGCCAAAAUUAACUCUGGUUCUUCACUAGAGGCUGUAACCACCUGUGAACUCUGUAAAGAGAAGUUGCAGCUUAACCUGGAGGAUUUUGAUAUUCAUGAACUACAUAGAGCUCAUGCAAAUGAACAAGCUGAGUAUGAGUUUAUCAGCUCUGGUCUCUACCUAGUUGUGUUACUGCACUUGUGUGAACAAAGCUUUUCUGAUAUGAUGGGAAAUACGAAUGAACCAAGCACACGUGUCCGAUUUAUUAACCUUGCAAGAACUCUUCAGGCACAUAUGGAAGAUCUCGAAAGCAUCUGCACAGCUUACCCUCUUCUCAAAGUCCUACAACCUCCAGGGUGCUUCAUACCAGGUGGGCACAGAUAUUGGUGGCUCUGCAACAGUUCCUGGGAAUCCAAGAUUACCCUACCUAUUGUGCUUUUUCACCCAAAGCAACUAGCUCCCCAUGAUCAGAUUCCAGUACGCUCUUUGAAGUGUUUUUAAAUAUGUAUUCUCCAAUUGAUUAUCUCCAGUACUCAAUCUUCAAAAUACUUGGAGUGUUACCUGUAGUGUGUAUCACAUUUUUAUUUUUAAAGAAAGCUCAGCAUCAUUUGAAGAUUUGAGAAGGACUUAAUCCUCGUAAGAACCUUUUAAUUCCUUGAAUAUUCUUAGACAUGGAUUUUUGUCAUUAAGUUUGUACUAUUUUUAACUUUUAAAAGGAUUCGAGGUACAACUAGAUAAUGCAUUUUCACAAUUUUAGUUUCUGUGGAAAUAAUAUAUAAAAGAGUCAAAUGGUAUAAUAAAGCCUAAAUGGGAAUUCAUUUAAUGUAAAUCUUUUUUUCCUUCAAACCUUCUUAGUUUAGAUACCUCAUGUUGGCUAAUACAAGGAUCUUUCUCUCUUUUGUAAACUAUGAUUUAUACUUUGUCAGAUGUGAUGAUAGUAAUUUGUUGCAGUAUACAUUUUCCCCAGAUUGCUUUUUUUUUUAAACUAAUGUUCUGAUUUAGAAUUUAGUUUUCUAAACAUAUAGGAGUGUCUACUCCCAACAUGUGAAUGAAAGGAGAAAAAUAGAGUUAAAAUAUAUACCUAAACUCAACUGAGAGGGAAAGAUGAGGGAGCCACAAAUCUAACUCUUCAGUACCAGAGUAUUAAUAUAUUUUGAAAAUAGUUUCUAACUGGAUUUUCUUCUGUAGAGUUAAUCCAGUAGAAAACAUGAGAAAUUCUCUGAAAAACUGUUCUAUUUUUUAGUUUGACAUUUCUCCGUGAUACAGCAUAAAACUUAAGCAUAGAAUUUACUCGUCAUGAGCUAAGUAUAUGCUUGAUAUCAUUUAUUUAAAAUGGAUUUAAAAUUUCUGCAAGAUAACAGACUGAAGUAUGGACACUGAAGUCUCAUCUGUACUUGUUGCAUAAUUUUCUUGUUGAUUCCUUUGCUGAGUGCUCUUAAAUUGACCAGUAUUAAAUAUAAGAGUAUACAUUUAACCUUUCUGCCCUUCAUAGUAGGAGAAAUACUGGUUAGAUGUUUUUAAACUCUUUGAGUUGCUGAUGACUCUAAAUUGAGGUCAAAAAUGUUGCAAGAGUGGUAUGUUUCUAACAACGUGAAGGCACAGGAAUAAUCUCAACAAAAGGUUUUUACUAAACCAAGUUAUUUUAAUAGGCUAUGUCUAUACAAAGAUUUUUUGACUAGAGCUUUUUCUUGGCAUUGUAUAGACAUAGCUUUGAUGUAAAUUGCAAGAACACCCAUAAUCUAUUAUUCUGUGUACAUUUUUAAAAUUUUUCAUUGGAUACAUCAAACAUGCAGUGGUAAUAAGCCAGAUUCUACUCAAGUGUGUGAGAGCACGGGCUUUAAGUUCACUUUUUCUCAUGUAUAUCACUAGCUACUAUGAACACAGAUUGAUCUUAGAAACUUUUUAAAUGUUCUUGAACCACAUUUUAAAAUAUUUUCAUUUUAAUAAAAACUAACAUAACAGAAAGGUGUGGAUGGGCAUCACCCACAGUCAAACCACCCUAACCCUGUCAUGAUAACCUGUCAUUUUGACCAAACAGUAUACUAAAUUGGGAUAUUUAUUUUACAAGUCAUUGCUGUUCUGGCUUCAUAUUUACACUUCCAUUCUUCAUCCCCCUUAAAAUCAUUCUUGAUCAUCCUGUUUUCUUUCAACAGCUUCAGAGGAUGAUUCUGAAGAAGAUGGAGACCAUAACAGAACAUUUGAUAUUGCCUAACUUCAUAUAAGACAAAUGGAUGAUCUGUGAACAAGUGUUUAUUAAAACUGGCAAUUAAGUACGAAUUUAAUUUUGUGGGGGAAUGCCUAUUGAAUACCUUUACUGUCUCUCUAUAGAUAAUGAAUAUAUAUAUAUAUACACACAUGUAUGCAUGUAUAUAUAUAAUGAAUAUAUAUGUACACACAUGUAUGCAUGUAUAUAUAUAUUCAUUCUCAAGUAUUGCUGAAUUAAAAUUCUGCUGGCUUAUUAACAUGGCCAGUGAGUCUAAUGUUUAUAAACAGGUAAUCAAAAGUAUUUUUCUUUUAGCUGAAUUGAGAAAGUGUUAUCCUUGUUUUAAAUAUCUAAGCAAUGCUGCAGCCAUUUUUUGUGUUCUGAUUACCGUAGUCAUAUUUAUGAAAAAAGGUUGACGUUUUAGUCUGUUAGUGAAAAAAGUGGGACAAAAUAUGCUUUCAGAAUAAAUUGCCAAAUGGCACCUAAUUAUUUUUCUUUUUAAAAUGCCUUAAGUUGCAGUCUCAUUUUCAUGAUCAUUUGCUUCCAGUGUUUAAAGAAAGUAAGAGCGGGGAAAAAGUUAUAAAGAGCAUUAUAUUAGGUUUCCAAAUGUAACUUGAAUUCUAAAUUCACUUAGCAAUAAAAUCUAAUUUAAAAAAUACAUAAAUAUAAAAUGUACAAAUGAUGGGUAAAUUUUUGUAUUGAUUUGCAAAAUGCAGAUUAUAUUUGAUAGGCCAUAGUAUGUAGAUGUUCCUUUUAGGAAUAUUACAGCUGUAAAUUAUAUCAGGAUUGCCAGUCAAAUGCUAUUUGAUUUGAAAAAAAAAUUAUUGAAAUCUCAAGCUAGUGAAAUAUUUUUAAAUCCCACAUUCAAAGUUUAAAACACUGGUUUUCAAUGUUUUUUUUAGUGUUGUAACUUCUUUAUAGAUAAAUAUGAUAUAAAUAACCUGUUUGGAUCCUGGUCGUUUUUAACUGUUCCUUGGUAAUUCUGAGCAUUUAUUUGAUGACUUAAUAUUUUUCACUACCUUUAGAGAACAGAUGAACAUUUACCUGUUCACUUAAAUAGAUUUGCACUGUGGUUAUGAGUUAUGUACACUUCUAUAACACUGUAUAUUUCCUCUUUCAACACCCUUAGGAUACACUUAAAAACACCUUCAGUUGGUUUCAGGUUAAAUAGUCUUAUGUCAUGGCAGCAGACUACUUUUUUGGAACCUAAAUAGAAACUGUAAUUUCUCAAAUGUGAAUCAACAGUUUGCCCACGUUAAGUCAGUUUGUUGGUCUUAAUGUAAAACCUUGGCUUGAAAUAAAGUGCAUACUGAUUGAUUUA